AUGUCCGAACAACGGUUCAUCCCAGGGCUCAAGCCAACAAUGGUGACCCAAAUCGGGCCCGAGGCCUCUUACUACGUUCGAGCCCGAGUAGAGGCCUCUCUACCAGAUUACCUUCCCGCCUGUAGUUUCACUGUUACUCCUGCAGUUGUGCUUCACGGUCAACUCGGGGAGCUGUCCUCAGAAACAAUUCAGGAGACGUUCGACCGUUUCCUGGAUGUUGAUGAUGUAUUUCAGGAAGCAUUUACUAAGGACACAUUUCUCAUCCUCUCAAUGCCGAUCGGGAGCCAGCCUGCCAAGGUAGGAAAUUCUACCCUUAGCCAUACAUCGACCGGACGCCUUAGUCUGGAGGCGCUCCCAGCAGAGCUAGCCAGCUCUCUCAAGUCAAAAUCACUAGUAUUAUGCGUACUAGAUGGGGAGUUCGACCUACCCGAAGGCCCUUACUUUAUCGUGGGCCAAAACCUUCACCAAGCAUGGCGUCUCUAUCCCGACACUCUCGGGGCAUUUUCGACAACAGUAGUUCCAGAUGACACUAUGGCUAUCUCUCCAGACUCAUACACACAGACCUUUCGAUCUUUGCAGAGUUCGGGGUUCACAGGAGCGGACGCGAGUGUGGCCGUCCCAUCUCGCCUCUACUUCAGGCGGAGUGAUGAGAGACCAUUGGACGGGAUGAGGAUCGCUGUGAAGGACAAUAUCCAUCUAAAUGGGGUCAUCACUGGCCUUGGAAAUAGGGCAUACGCUGAGCUCUAUGGCAGGCAGACCGAAUCCGCGCAGUUCAUCCAAGAUCUCGUAAACAAAGGAGCAGUCAUUGUAGGGAAAACAAAACUCUCAGCGUUUGCAGGAUCUGAAAUUCCCCCCUGUCAAUGUAUCGACUACUUCCCACCAUGGAAUCCACGCGGCGAUGGCUAUCAAGGCCCCUCCGGCAGUUCGAGCGGAGCAGCAGCAGCAGCAGCAGGGUACAUAUGGUUAGACUUCAGCAUUUGCACCGAUACUACCGGUAGCAUGAGAUACCCUGCAACAAGCCAUGGGGUUUGGGGCCAUCGAUCCACUUGGAAUAGUAUUAACUGGGCGGGAAUUAUCCCAUCUUGCCCGUCUUUUGACACUGUCGGGCUCCUUGCCCGCACUCCCACUGAGAUUAAUGACGUUCUCAAAACAUCAGGGGCUACCCAGAAAAGCAAUGAUUGGCCAACAACAAUACUCUACCCGACUGAAUGGUUUCCCCUUAAUAAUAGUAACCAGCAAAGCAUGACUGAUGCAUUCGUGAAAGCACUUGAAGCUCUCCUAGGAGUCACGCAUAAAGAGAUAUCCCUUGCGGAAGAGUGGUCCAAGUCAGGUCCGGAGGACCUACGAGACAAAUCCCUCGUUGACCUCGAAGAUAUGGCCGUUACUUUGGGUGGUUAUGAUAGCUACCACUAUUUUGAUGAUUUUCGGUCUCAGUACUUUCAGAAGUUUCAAAAGCCACCAUACGUGAGCCCUACGCACACAGAGAGAUGGAAGCUUGAUGAAGCUGAGACUUCAGAAGAACGGUCAAAGGCAUUUGAAAUGAUUCCGCGUUUCCGUGCUUGGGCAUUUGAAAAGUUAUUGCCCAUUAGCAGGGAAGGGACUUGUCAAACCAUCAUGAUAGUUCCGCACGGGCGACCAGGGGCGAAUUAUCGUGACGGCCCUUAUAAGGGAGACCCGACCUUCUUUACGUCCAUGCUAGGUGUACCCCAAAUCGUUGUUCCCAGCACGGACCUGACACUCGUCAAGGUGGCCGAAGGUGCAUUGAAGAAGGCUGGGUGGCCAACCGACAUUCUGACAGGCCGAUUCUUGUUUGAAGUUGGAGAUAAUGAGCGGUAUUCCACUGUGCCACAGAACAAACCAAACCUCUGA